GACGACAAUGACAUCCAGUUUGUUUUUAAGGACAUAACCUCAAAAUACUAAUUAUUAUAAUUUGUAAAAUAUGCAAGAUAGACUGAAACGUUUGCUGAAAAUCUUGAAAAUAGCUACAAUAAGUGGUACAGGAGGAUUGUUUGUCUUUUAUCAUAUCAGGACUACGUAUAAGGCUUUGAGUAGUAUUGUGAAUCAUAACGUUCUCGACUUGCAGAAGAAACACACUCCGGAAUAUAUUUACAUAGACGACCCCUCGUACAGUGUUGCUUUAAGAAUCGAGCAGGAUAGAGAAACCAAACAGUCGGGCUUUUUUCGUCUUUGGAAGAGUCUAAAACACUCGUUGGCGUGGAGGUUGUUGUGGUUGUGUCGACAUGGAAAUUACGAGCAACGAAAUAUCGCAUUGGAAAAACUAGCGUCAUUUAAAAAUAAUAAGCAUUGGGAUUGCCUGAAAUUGGCUCAAGCAAUGGACAUGAAGACCGCCGUGCUUCUCGCAAGGACCAGAGGCGCUGACUUGCGGUAUUUCUUGCCUCCUCCACUGCAUGUAAGAAGAGCUGCUGCCCAUCCAACAUUAAUGUCUUUCACAUUCCGGGACAUGAUUAGCGCUGUGGACUCAAUAAAUCCCCACAGUUGCAUUCAACAUUUUCUUGCAAAACAUUUUGCCAAUGUCCAGGAACAAGCUAUGGAUGCAGAACAUGUGCCAGCUAAACCAGACAGUAUCAGUGAACGUGAUCUUUGCAUAUUGUGUCUUGAUGCACUGCAUCAUCAUAUCAGUCUUUAUUAUGGUAAUACUUAUCAGGAAGAUGAAUCUAGUGUUAGGUUAAUUAAAAUGGGUUUACUGCCAAAACUUGCAGAGUUAAUGCUGAGAAACCAAAAUGAUAGUGAUUUGGAUUAUGCUGUUCUUAGGAUUCUCACUGUUUUAACAGUAUACAAAAUUUUGCUCAAAGAUUUCUUCCAAAGUGGACUUAUAAGAGAAUUGUCAAGGCUAUUGAGGUCAAAUGAUAUUCGCCUAGCAAGUUCAGCUGCAGUAUGCUUAGCCAAUUUGUCAGGAGAGUUUAGUUAUAAACCAGGACUAUACUUGUUACACCCCUUGUACAGAACAAAAACUACGCAUAAAUGCGACACUCUCUUGGUUCAUGGCCUUAGAGGGGGGGUAUUUGUUACAUGGAGGCAAAGGGACAAGAAAUGUGCUGAACCUAUUGGUAUAAUAGAGGUCACAAUAUCAGAAAAUGAUUGUGACCCCUGUGAAGAUUCAACACCUUAUUUGGAUCCAGAAUUGAAACAAGUAAUUGAAGAUUUGAAGGUGUUGGAAGAACAAACAAUAUUAGCAGACUAUGAAGUAGUUCUACAUGAUAUACCUUUAGAAGCAAAAAGGGACUUUACUAAUAUGGAAUAUGCAACAGAUAGAAAGUUACAAGCAUUAACAGAAGAAGCCCAUGACAAUUGUCACCACACUCAUUGCUGGCCAAAAGAAUGGCUACCACAAGACUGUGAAAAUUUACGAAUCUUAGGAGUAAACUAUUGGAGCUGUCUGUCUGAAUGGCUGGAGCGCUGUCCUCAGCAGUCAGCAGAAAUAGCCAGUAAAGCCUUGGAGCUUGGACCCCAGUUGAAGGCUGCUGGUGUAGGAAGAAAAGACACACCAAUUGUGUGGUUGGCUCAUUCAAUGGGUGGGUUAAUAGUCAAACAAAUACUUAUAGAAGCGGCACAGUCUUCUGAAGAAGAGAAUAAAAAAAUAUGUGAUAAUACAAAAGCGAUUUUGUUCUUCAGUACUCCCCAUACUGGCAGCUCUUUAGCUAAAAUGCCUCGUCCUGCUGCAGCUAUUCUCUGGCCUUCAAAUGAUGUCAGGCAAUUAGAAGAGAAUUCACCAGUAUUAUUAGAGUUGCAGCAUAAUUUUAUAACAUUUGCUGAUUUGUAUGACUGGGAAACAAUUAGUUUUGCUGAAACUUUACCUACUUUGAUCACAGCAUUUAAAGUUCCAGUGCAUUUUGUGGAAGCUAGUUCAGCCGAUGUAGGCCGCGGCGUUUUUUAUCGGCUGCCGCUUGACCACUUGGCUAUUUGUAAGCCGGCGACACGACAGUCUAUCAUAUACAGGACAGUAUCGGACGUGAUCAAAAGGGCCACAACCAAAGACAUGGAGCUGAAACAUGCAUAUACAUUUUUACAAUGGUUGAUAAAUAUUGUGCUUUGGCUACUCAGUUAUACAAAUAUAGAAACAAUUGAUGAAACUCAUGCAACUGAUGGACUUAAGUGGUUUGAAAGAUUGUUGCUGGACACUUUUUCUGAUUUUUAAAAUUGUACUUUAAAUAAUAAGCAAUUUACUCAAUAAAAUAU